CCAGCGUUUGAGGCGCUGGUGACGUCAGGCGCGCUGCUGCGGCUCAGUGGCUCGCGGCAGGUGCGGCUCUGUUCCCGGAGCCGGGUCCAGUCUUCUUCGGUCGAGACCGGGUCAGUAACCGGCCGCCGCGCGGAGCAGAGAGGUGCAUUGCCAGAUUCCUGAUGAACCCAGAGAACCCUCCACCAUAUCCGGGCCAUGGCCCAACAGCCCCAUACCCACCUUAUCCACAACAACCGAUGGGGCCUAUGGGAGCCCCACCUCCUCAGGGGUACCCCUACCCACCUCCUCAGGGGUACCCUUAUCAAGGUUACCCACAGUACGGCUGGCAGGGUGGACCUCAGGAGCCUCCUAAGACCACAGUGUAUGUGGUGGAAGACCAAAGACGAGAUGACUUGGGCCCAUCCACCUGCCUCACAGCCUGUUGGACUGCUCUCUGUUGCUGCUGCCUCUGGGACAUGCUCACCUGAGGAGCCCAGCUCUCCUGCUUGGCCACUCUGUGCCACCUCUGAUAGGUGUGCCUGGUCCCAUCUCCUGUGAUUGCUUUAAGUGGCUAGCUCUGCACAGACGCCUCUACCUUCAGUCCUAUGGAGUUUUAGAUUAGUGAGGGUUUAUUUAAUUCAGUGACUUGAUCUUUUUAAUGUUCAGAACUCAUUUCUUACUGAUCUUUAACAAAUGUGCUAAAUAAUUUACCUUUUUUUGGCCAAAGGCUUAGUUACGAAAUAUAUAUUUAUAAUGUUUAAAUUAUACACUCAAGGUAAUGGCAAGAUGUGAUACACCACUAGGAUCUCUGCUCACACCCUGUAUGUUUCAAUAAAUCUGCCCCAAACCUGA